AAAUCACCGCAGGUGAAUCACACGGCAGUUGUACACUGUCCAUCGCCGAUGGCGCAGUCGUCCGUGCUCCUGGCCGCCCAGACACACUCAUGCUCCUCCUCGGGUGAAUUCCGUCCAAAGUUUGAUUUCAACAGCUUACUGGAGAAUAAACAAGCCAACGGUAUUAGCAGUGAGCGAACUGAAGGAGGCUCCGAAUCGCCCACGCCGAACGAUGACGCCAGUGUGCAUAGUACGAGCGAUUGUGGCUUCGAUCACGUCUCCGCCAACAAACAGGAAUCAGUGACAUCGUCUCCUGAAAUAUCAUUCGAUUUGAAUGGCGGUCAUGCGUCAACGUCUCCGAAGCCCACCGAAACAUCAUCGUCAUCCGCUGGACAUCAGCAAUCGACAAGUAACGGGAACGGUACGGCUGGCGGUCAGCCAUCUCAAGCACAAACACAGUCUAGUGCGGUGGCCAGGUCGAGAUUGAUGUUCGAUCCGCUCACCGAGUUGCCCGUUCUGGAGAAAUGGUUCGAGGAAAAUCCGCACCCCACUUGGAUACAAAUCGAUCAGUACACGGAGGCGCUGAACAAUUGCCAAUACCGGCAGAGUUAUCCGCCAAUUUCAACACAUAACGUAAAAAUAUGGUUUAAAAAUCGACGGGCCAAAUGCAAGCGUAUGCAGACUGGUAGCGAUUUGAACUUAAAAAUGAUGCAGCUCUGA